AUGAAGGAAUUUUAUAUGCAUGCCAGAAGCUCGAUGCAUAUUGACAUUGAUUGUCUAGUGUUUUACAUGGACGACUUCGGAGAACAGUUUUGGGAAGUUGUGUAUUGGUUGAAUUCAACUUUCCGGGAAAUUCCCACUGUACGUAUUUAUGGAAACAACCAACAUGAACAAAAGCUUCAAUACGUGUUGGAUAAUGUGAAGUACAAAGAUAGAUUGAAAAUCUUCGUGGAGACAAUUGAACAGCGUCCACUGGAGUUCGGUUAUGGACCAUGGAUAACAUUGAACUAUUUGAUGAGCUUAAGAAUGAGUAAAUUUUCAUUACUUGACACAUAUCUGACUAAUCAAGAUAUGAACUUUUUCUUUAAAAUGUCUGGUGUGGAAGGAAGCUUUGAGAUCACACGGAAAGAUGGACUGACAGUGUCAAUUUGUGUUUUUUCAUCCGGAAUGUACUAUUAUGAUGUAAAAUCCGAAAUGUACUAUUAUGAUGUAAAAUAA